CGGGCGUUGGAGGGCGUGCUGAAAACGACAUGACGCUCUCCCUACGAGAGUACAUAAAAUUAAAUUUUAGGUUUGUAGUAGACCUACUCCCUGCCUGGUGUCUAACCAUCUUCACUCAGUCGAUAGCCUUUACUGCAGCUGCAAGAAGCCAAGGCCUUAGUAAGUAACAUUCACCGAAAUAAAUUAUUAUUGUUCGUGACCUCGAGUCUUUACUUGUCCACGCUCGUACAGACUAUCUCAGGAUCAACCGCUCAGGCUGCACAAACCUGUAUUGACAUUCGUGAAUCAUAAUCAUCCCACAGACCUUGCCUUGAGUUUUGCCGCCGGUCAUUUUUACACUAGCAGAAUGAGAAAGUUUGUGCUGGGGUCAGUGCUGAUUGUGGGCGUGUUGGUAGCGGUGUCCCUGUACGAUACGUUUGAUCCGAAUGUGGACUUGAAGGACAAGCGAGUCAUAGUGUGCGGAGCAUCGACUGGUAUUGGUGAGCAGAUCGCCUACCUUUACGCCAGGGCUGGUGCAAGACUAGUGCUGGUUUCUCGCAGACUGCAAGUUCUACAGCAAGUGCAGGCGAAGUGUCGUGACUUGGGAGCAGCACAAGUGGAAGUGUUUGCCGGGGAUCUUUCCUUGAAGAAUACCAGCAAAGAUGUGAUUGAAUAUUCUGAGGAGAAGUUGGGAGGAAUUGAUCAUUUGAUACUGAACCACGUCGUGUCCUAUUACACCCUGUGGACAAGUGACGCCGACUUGGAUUUUGCCACAAAACUGGUACAAAUAGAUCUCCUAAGCUACAUUUACUUGACAACGUAUGCUCUGCCGGCACUGGAGGAUAGCCAUGGGGUUGUCGUAGCUGUUUCCUCAUCAACGGGUCUCUGGCCGUCGCCACUGACGCAUAUCUAUGCGGCAAGCAAGCACGGCUUGCACGGUUUCUUUGGCUCACUGCGGCAGGAUUUGAUGAUCCAGAAGUCCAACGUGUCCAUCUCGCUAGUUCCACUAGGUCUGUUUGGCUCAGACAACGCCAAAACUAACACCAAGACCAAGUUACCAGAUAUCAUGAAGCUGUACGGAGAGCCCGCCGACGCUGCCUGGGCCAUUGGACGUGCGGCUGCGUUGCGUCUGAGAGAGUACAACUAUCCCUACUUGGAAACAAAGUUUGUGCAGUGGCUCUACAUGCUGUUCCCGGCUAUAUGCGAUCACCUUCUGGUCUACAUGUUUGAGUUCAAUGCCCCUUCCACUACAUGAGGUGAAUCUGGUGAAGCCCAUUGCAAUCAUUCUGAUCAUGUCUAUGAUUAUGAACCGUAUGUCGUUCAUGAUUAUGUCCGUUGUUUGCAGUUGAAGUACCCGGGGUUGUGAGUAGUACAUGCGUACUGUAAUGACUUAAUCCCACGAUGCUGUGCUAUCUCUUUGCUGUCCCGAACACAUUCUACGCAAAUGUACAGUGUUACAAUAUCUAGGAUGUUAAUUAAUUUUCUAGGGUGGUUGUUCAAUUCUGAAUCCCAAACACAGCUCAAUUGUGAAUGUGUCUGUGGUGAUGUUCCACAAAAAGGUCAAUGCUUCACUCUUCUAUCUUAAAAAAAGAAUGUUCUUACGGUACUGAGAAUGCAGAGACAACUUUAAGUCAUUCACUGCAGAUAAUAAAGUUUAGUUUAUAUAAAUACUUUUGGAGCAAAUGGAACAUUGAAAUGGCUCACGAUGUUCAAUAUACACUUCUGUCACUGGA